AAGGACAUAUGGGAGCUGCUCAUUUUGUGCUUCAUGAAGAAGAAGAAGCGUUCGCGGAUUGGAUUAAUAAACGUCUUCAGACAGACAAGGAUGUUAUUCAUUUCCUUCCACUAGCGAAGGACGGGUCGGAUAUGUAUGAGAAGAUGGAUGAUGGAGUUAUCCUGUGUAAGAUGAUAAACCUGGCUGCUCCGGAUACUAUUGACGAGCGGGUUCUUAACAAAGGGAAGAACGUAUCUAUUUUCAAGAGACACGAGAAUCUAACCCUGGCCAUAAACUCUGCCCAAGCCAUAGGAUGCACUGUAAUUGGCAUGGAUAGCCAUAACCUACAGUCAUCAGAGGGUAAGAGAUGGAUGGUUCUUGGUUUGGUUUGGCAGGUUAUCAAGAUGUUCUUAUUUAACCAGAUUACAAUCAGUAAUGUGCCUGGUCUAGUAAACCUACUCCGGGAGGGAGAGGAUAUAUCGGAGUUGAUGAAACUAUCCCCGGAGCAGUUACUGCUCCGAUGGGUCAACCAUCAACUGGAAAAGGCUGGAUCCCAGAGAACCAUAUCGAACUUCGGAUCUGAUAUAAAGGACAGUGAGAUCUAUACAGAUCUAAUCUCACAGAUCGCUCCCAAGAACGCAGGAGUAAACAAAACUGCGAUGCAAAGACAGGACUUAAUUGAAAGAGCCGAGAUAAUGUUGGAGCAAGCAGAUAAAAUAGAUUCAAGAGCAUUUGUUACCUCAAAGGAUGUAGUUAAAGGUCAGGAGACUCUAAACCUGGCGUUUGUAGCAAACUUGUUCAAUAAUUUCCCUGGACUUGAUCCUCCUGCUGCAGAGGUUGAUAUCAUAGAGGAAACUAGAGAAGAGAAGAUGUACCGGAACUGGAUGAAUAGUUUAGGAGUCCAACCACGAGUGAAUUAUCUAUAUUCGGAUCUUUACGAUGGAAUUGUUAUUUUCAAGAUCUACGACGUGAUCAAGGCUGGUACAGUAAACUGGGAUAAAGUGAAUACUAAAUAUUCAACCCUCCCGGCUAAAAAAUAUCAACAGGUUCUGGAGAACUGUAAUUACGCUGUAGUUUUGGGGAAAAAGCUAAACUUUGUCCUGGUUGGUAUUGCAGGAUCUUUGAACCCUGAUGGAACUCCCAUAGUUGAGAGUGAGAUUAUAUCCUGGGCAAAUACUAAACUUGAACAAGGGAAGAAGGAUAUUUCCAUCAAACAUUUCCAGGAUAAGGUGAACAAGACUGCACUGCCGAUCAUUCAUUUGAUUGAUGUGAUCAAACCUGGUUCAAUUGAUUACUCACUUGUUAAACAAGGGGCAACCAUCACAAACGAGGAGUGUUUGUCUAACGCAAAGUAUGCUGUUAAUAUUGCUCGAAAGAUCGGAGCUCCUGUCUACGCUCUUCCAGAGGAUAUUAGCGAGGUGAAACACAAGAUGGUGAUGACUGUUUAUGCAAGCUUGAUGCUCGCAGAUAUGAACUGACAUGAAUUCCAGGAGGGUCAAUCCGAUACUUAGUAGAAACCCUUUUGGAAACCCAGGAGCAAGCUUCUCUUAUCUUGCAGGAGAAACCCGUUUUAGAAACCAAGGAGCUAGCUUCUCUUAUGCCAGGAGAAACACAUUUGGAAACCCACAAAAAAAAUCUUGAAUCCUAGGAAACCCAUUUAUACAAUAAUUAUUAGUCCUUGUUUCUGUCCUAGUCCCGCUCAUAUCCUUGUCCUACUCCUGUGCUAGUCCUACUCCUGUUCUAGCCCACUCCUUUCCUUUUUCUACUCCUAAACUUCUCCUACUCUUAAACUUGUCCUACUCCAAAAAUUGCCCUUCUCCUGUCCUUGUCCUACUCCUGUCCUUUGCCUACUCCUGUCCUUUGCCUACUCCUGUCAUUGUCUUACUCAUGUCCUUGUCCUACACCUGUUCUUGUCCUACUCCUGUUCUUGUCCUACUCCUGUUCUUGUCCUAC